AGAAUUUGGAGUAAUGGCUGGAAACAUAAUGCAGUUGGCAGUAUUUGCCAUCGUGACAAUACUCGGAGGCGUAUCCUCCCAUACCUACCACUUGGGAACCUGCCCGAAGGUCGAAGCGAUGGACGAUUUCCAGAUGAGCAAGUUUUUAGGAAUAUGGUACGUGGUUCAGAAGACAUCUACUGGUAGCAGUUGCUUGGCAAAUAAUUACACAGUGGAUCAUGAAAGUGGAGGUUAUUUGCUGGAGCAGACAAGCCAACAUUUAAUUCUAGGUCUUACCAGCCUGGAUCACACGUACAGAUAUACUGGCAAACUUUCUGUUCCACGUCCUAAUGUCCCUGCGAAGAUGCAAGUCAACUUCCCUCUCAGUGUAGCUGGUAGUGCAACUUACACUGUAUUUGCUACUGACUACGAAAACUAUGCUGGAAUAUUUACAUGCCAGAAACUGACUUUUGCUCAUCGCCAAUCUGCUUCUAUUCUGUCACGAAAACGCACACUCGAGAAACAGUACGUUGACAAGCUUCGCAACAAGCUUAGCAGUUACGGCAUCGACCCCUUCGAUUUGAGCAUCAUUGACCAAAGCGGUUGCCCCACUGAAGAAGGCGUCAACAUCAACAUUGAUUCAAACACUUUCAGCGCGGGCAGCAUCGCUGGAGUAGUUCGCACAGCAGGAGACAAACUGGGAGAUGGAAUCGAAACCCUUGCUAGUGGUGCGAAGACUGUCUACCACACUGUACAAAACAAACGAGACCGAGAAGAACUGAGCAGUGGGGCUACCAGCAAUGAAGCUGAGUGGCUGCCUUGAAUUGAAUCUAAACGUCAAAAUUAGAACUGUUAGGACCAGUUUCAAGGGACCUGAAAAGUCUGUGGUGAUACUGCACCACGGUGUUUGAUGAAGUCAGAUACUAAAAAUAAAGUAGUUUUCAGAAAUUAAUUUAGAACCGAUACUAAAAUUUUUUCAUGGCCCUAAGGAGGGAUGUUUUGUACAAACUCACAUGAUUUUUUAAUGAAUUUGUAUGAUUAUAUUUUUGCAUGAAAAGUGUGAAUGAAUGUGUGUUAUACAUGUAAGAAUACCAAAGAAUUAAUGACAUUAUUUAUGUUUUUAAAUUAAUACCUUCAUUCAACCUCUUUCCCUAAUAUUUUCCACAUUUUUAUACUUGUACAUAUAUGUACAUGUGUACUGAGUAAUCUACGUAGUAUGGGGGAAGUUAUGUAAUACCACACCAGAAAACGGCGGAUUUUCAGCAAAAAAAAAAAAAAAAAAAAAAAGCCCUGAUAACGAACAAGGGGAUAAAUCUAGUUACUAAAUUAAGAAAAAACUCUAAGUAGUGGUCUAGCCAGAAUCCCUGUUUUGCGGGUCCUUAAUACUGAAAAAUCAAUUGAUUGUUCUGUGAAAACUAGCUCAAAAUUUCGCAUUGUCAGAAACGCUCAAACGCCAUUUUGUUUUAAAGAAAUCGGCUCCACAUU